UCCACUCGGAGCCACACACAGAGAGGCCACACAGUCCACCAUAAAACCACCUUCGCGCCGCGCCCAGAUUUAGGGUUUGUCAAAUCCCGCUCUCAUUGAUUAUCACCCAACAAAUUCAUCACAUACAGAACCCUCUGCCCUCAACCGGGGUAUCUUCCACCAGAUAAGCAGUGGGCAUGGCAACAGCGGAGGCAGCCUCCGGGCCACGGUAUGCCCCGGAUGAUCCGACUCUGCCGAAACCUUGGAAGGGCUUAAUUGAUGGCAGCACCGGCGUGUUGUACUAUUGGAAUCCGGAAACCAACAUUACUCAGUACGAGAAGCCGGCUUUGGCUGCGCUCGCCACCACUCCCAAGAUGGCUGCGAUUCCGAAUGGGGCUGUGCCUCAACAGCACGGGCAUUUGAUGGGGCAACAGGUGUAUACCCAACAGCAGAGUUUGCAGGCUGUGCAACAGAUUGGACAAGUGGCGCAGCAGCAUAUGAUGCAGCAUCCGAGUCAGCAGAUGAUGCAGCAUCCGGGUCAGCAGGUGAACCCGGCAUCAGCGCAGCAGGGAGGACAGCAAGCUCCCCACCCACUGGGUCAACAAGUGCCACAAAGUCAGAACUCACAAGUGCCUCAAGCGCAAGUGCAGCAAUAUUCACAUCAGCAGCAACUGCAGUAUAUGGCUUAUCAGCACAGCAGUCUUCCCCAGGGGCAGCAACAGACUCCGUAUAGUGCACAAGGGCAAGCAUCUGCAAAUCAACAACCUGCAUACGCACCUAGAGAGGAGCAUGAUUAUCAGCACAGAAAUCAAAGUGGUUUUUCUCCUUCUCAGUUUCAACAAGUGGGGGCCUCAUCUGUGCAGAAUCCCCCUACCGGGAAUUCUUUAGUACAAAUGCCACCGAGAGCUGUUCAUCCCACUCAACCCCAGAAAUUCGGUUUGGGAAAUAUGCAACAGCCUUCUUCUUUUGGCCACCAGCAACAAUCAGGAACUGACCUGGUGCACCAUCAACAUGGUUCUAGGUUUCAAAAUCAAAUGGACCCAGCAAUGAUUCAUGGUCAGCAGUCUAAUAUGCCUCCUCUUGGUUCAAGGAGGAGUGUUGAAAAUAAUUUACAGGGUAGAGUUGGAAAUGAAUAUUACUCAAAUGGUAACUAUGAAGGGCCAACGGUCACUCAGCAGGCAAAGCUUGCAGCUAUGCCAGUGACAACUGCAAGAAGUCAGCAGGAUAUGGGAAUCAGUGGUGUCCCAUUUCAAAACCCUGCACCUAGUCAGGGCAUGCAUAACAUGUACAGUCAUGCAACAGGUGGUCCUCCAUUCUCAAACAAUGCUCUGGUGAAGCCUUCAUACGUCGGACCAACAAAUGUUCCUGGCCUCUCACCCGUUCAAGCUUAUCUUCAACAAUAUGAAGUUUCUGCAACGGGUGACAAUGUUCCUGCACCAUUCAUGACUUUUGAAGAUACUGGCUUUCCGCCGGAGAUACUGAGAGAUAUAUAUUCUGCUGGCUUUGCAUCUCCGACACCAAUUCAAGCACAAACGUGGCCUAUUGCUCUUCAAAGUAGAGAUAUAGUAGCUAUUGCAAAGACAGGCUCUGGAAAAACAUUGGGCUAUUUGAUGCCUGCCUUCAUGCUUCUUAGACAACGCCGUAACAAUUCUCAGGAUGGGCCGACAGUGUUGGUUUUGGCUCCAACAAGGGAGCUUGCAACACAAAUUCAAGAGGAGGUUUUGAAAUUUGGCCGAGCUUCCAGGAUAUCCUGCACGUGCUUGUAUGGUGGAGCUCCAAAGGGUCCUCAGCUAAAAGAAUUAGAUCGUGGAGCAGAUAUAGUUGUUGCAACUCCUGGUCGACUCAAUGACAUACUGGAAAUGAGGAAAAUCAAUCUGGGCCAAGUAUCCCUUCUUAUACUUGAUGAGGCAGAUCGGAUGCUUGACAUGGGAUUUGAACCUCAAAUUCGUAAAGUUGUGAAUGAAAUACCUUCACGCAGACAGACUCUAAUGUUCACAGCAACCUGGCCUAAAGAAGUAAAAAAAAUAGCAAGUGAUCUUCUUGUUAAUCCGGUCCAGGUGAAUAUUGGCAACGUUGAUGAGCUUGCUGCAAAUAAGUCUAUCACUCAGUAUGUUGAAGUUGUCCCUCAAAUGGAGAAAGAGAGGCGCUUGGAGCAGAUCCUUAGAACACAGGAACGAGGUUCUAAAGUUAUUGUGUUUUGUUCCACGAAGAGGUUGUGUGAUCAGCUUACACGUAAUAUUGGUCGUACCUUUGGGGCUGCUGCCAUUCAUGGUGACAAAUCUCAAGGUGAGAGAGACUAUGUCUUGAAUCAGUUCCGUAGUGGAAAGUGCCCAAUCUUAGUUGCAACAGACGUCGCCGCCCGUGGGCUUGACAUCAAAGAUAUAAGGGUGGUGGUUAACUAUGAUUUUCCUAAUGGGGUUGAAGAUUAUGUUCACCGUAUUGGACGUACUGGGAGGGCUGGGGCAACUGGGAUCUCGUACACCUUUUUCUCUGAGCAGGACUGGAAAUAUGCAGCUGAUUUAAUAAAAGUUCUUGAAGGAGCUAACCAGCAAGUGCCCCCAGAGGUACGAGAUAUUGCUCUGCGUGGUGGGCCUGGUUUUGGCAAGGACAGGGGUGCAAUGAACCGUUUUGACUCUGGUAGCGGUGGCGGAAUGAGGGAUGGGGGCUUUGGCGGUCGUGGUGGCAUGAGGGACGGGGGUUAUGGUGGUCGUGGUGGCAUGAGGGACGGGGGUUAUGGUGGUCGUGGUGGCAUGAGGGAAGUGGAUGGCAACUUUGGUGGACGUGGUGGCAUGAGGGAUGGCAACUUUGGUGGUCCUAGGGAUGGGGCUGUUAACAACCGCGGUGGAAGAAAUGAUUUCUUUGGCGGGCGUGGAAACAGGGGCCGGGGAUUCAGGGGUCCUGGUGGUGGUCAAGCUGGUUUUGGUAGAAAUGACCGUGGCUCAAAUGAUCGGUACGACAAUAUGGAUACCCGUGGAAGGGGAGGUGGUCAUGGAAGAUUUGAUAAUAGAAUUGAUCAUGCUGAUAGGGGCAGAGGCAGAAUUCGGAGCCCUGAAACAGUUCGAACAUGGGGAGGUUAUAGCAGUAGUCGGAGUCGGAGCCGAAGCCGUAGUAGAAGCCGUAGCCGAAGCCGAAGUCGCAGUUAUCGUCAAAAGAGCCGGAGUUGGACAAGGAGUCGUAGUAGGAGUCGUAGUCGGAGCUAUAGCCGUGGUCGUGGACGUAGCUAUAGCGCUAGCCCUAGUCGUCGUCGGAACCGUAGUCGCAGUCCUAGUUAUGAAAGAUAUGACAGACCCCGUGAUCAGAACAUUGAUAAGGAGGAACCUGCAAUUCCAAAAACUGAGGUUCCAUCUCAACCAGGAAUGUCUCCCAUGUCCCCUGGCACACUAGUUGAAGCAUCUCCAAGUACCAAGAUUCAGGGGGAAUUUCCAGUGGUUAAGGAAGAAAUUAAACAGGAGCUGGAAGAUGCCCAUAUCACUCAGUGACUGUUCAGUCAAUUUGUGACCAUUUCAUUCUGUGGUAACUAGUGUGGUUGGUUGAUGUUCGUUUUGCUUCAUUAAGUGGCUUGUUGAUCGCCAUAUAUGCAUCUGGUUUCGUAGGAAGAUCUUUGCAGCAAAUUGGAGUUGAAGAUGCCUGGAUUUCAUUGUGACAAAUUGGAGUUGGAGCUGCUGGACUAUUACUGGGGACGUGAGUGAGGUCUUGUAGGACACAUCAAAUAGCUCUAGGGAAAGCUCUUUUGCCUGCUAUUAUGAUCAUACUACAGUUAAAUUCAGUCAUUGCUGGGACAGCGAAUUAAUAUUAUUUGUGCCUACAAAAUUGUGUUAGACAAGUAGUGCACCUACCUACAUACUGUCAAAGCGAUUCAGAUGUUCUUAUUUUACUAGAGAUUGUCACCAGAUUUUAUUUUU